UAACGCAUGCGUAGUAAAGUGCACCACUAAGUACAGAACCUUGACCGGCAGAAAGCUUUUCAUACAGACACACAGGCAUCUGAGUGAAUUUCAUUUUUAUAAGGGUGAAUCAGUUAACAAUUAAAACAAAGAAAAAUGGCACCUCCAACAUAUGGUGAUUUGGGAAAAAAUGCACGUGAUGUAUUUGGAAAAGGAUUUCAUUUUGGUUUAUUAAAAUUAGAUGUUAAAACUAAAACUGAAUCAGGUGUUGAAUUUUCAAGUGGUGGAUUUUCAAACCAAGAUACUGGUGUUGUUGUUGGUAAUUUGGAGACAAAAUAUAAGAUCAAAGAAUAUGGUUUGACAUUUUCGGAAAAAUGGAAUACAGAUAAUCUUCUUGGUACUGAUAUAACAAUUGCUGAUAAAUUAGUACAAGGACUUAGUGUUGGUUUUAAUUGUACAUUCUCACCACAAACUGGAAACAAGACUGGAAAGUUGAAGACAACUUACAAACAUGAUCUCGUAUCAGCCACUGCCGAUUUUGACCUCAAUCUUAAUGCUGGUCCAUUGAUUCACUCAACAGCUGUUGUUGGAUAUCAAGGAUGGCUCGCUGGUUACCAGACAUCAUUUGAUUCCCAGAGAAGCAAAAUCACUAAAAAUAACUUUGCCCUUGGCUUCACUGCAAAAGACUUUGCUAUGCAUGCAUCAGUUGACAAUGGUCGUGACUUCAAUGGCUCAAUUUAUCACAAAGUUAAGCCUGGUCUAGAGGGUGCAAUUAAUCUUGCAUGGAAUGCUGGUAAUAAUGCAACACAAUUUGGUCUUGGUACCAAGUAUGAUCUUGAUCAUGAUGCUUCAUUGAGGGCCAAGGUUAACUCACAACUCCAAAUUGGUUUGGGAUAUCAACAAAAAUUACGUGAUGGAGUUACACUCAGUCUUUCAACAAACAUUGAUGGAAAGAACUUUGGAUCUGGUGGCCACAAAAUUGGUGUUGCUCUCGAACUCGAGGCUUAAAUAUUAUCAUUCAUCUUGAAAUAAAAAAAAGAAAAAAAAAAAAAAA